AUGAAAAGUUUAGCAUUCAGCAAAAUUUCAAAUCUAUGUUGGGUAAUGUUCCAGGGCUUUCAGCUCACUACUAUCGGAAUCAUGGCUUGGGCCCUCUUGUCAGACAAUUGGGUAGAGCUUAAUAUCUCUGGCGUAUACGGGGACUUGAAAUGAACAGGAACCUUAACAAAAGUUCGUAAGGGCUUAAGGGCUUUAGAAGGCAGCUCUUACUUUGAUAUGUUUAUAGCUUUUUGCAGCACAACUCAAAAGUCUCAAGAUGUUCCUGACGAAGAAAUGACUUGGUGCGAAAUGUUUGCACAGCUUUGGAUCAGUGAAUUGGUUUACAUAACUUUAGAAAUAAUCACUAUUUGCGCAGUGCUCAUAUGGAUUAUUUCACUGAGAUCUGCAUUAAAAACUAACAAAAUCAAGCCAGUCCCAGCGUUUUGGUUUGCACAAGUUGCAUGGAUUUCUCAUGAAAUCGCAUUUAUAAGCUGGAUGGUUUUAGCCAAAGCAAAUUUUAGUGGUGACUGUACAAGUGAAAGUGACGAUGCCUCACCACCUAAGCUUUGUGCUCUUACUGGGCCAAUCCUUGGCUUAAUUUUAGCAAUUAUGCUACCAAUCAUGUCACUAUCAUAUUCCUUAUUGGUGCGAUAUUUACCAAAAGCAAUUGAUUGUGAGCAUGUAGUUCAAAAAGAAUCAGAUGGAGCUUUAAAAGUAAUUGUUGCUUAA